AUCCAGACGGCGGUUUGACCCGUUUACCUGGGUCUAUUUUGGUCAUUAUAACUGUGUAUAAUUUUGAACGCACUCGACCCAUCAUCAACGUGUUUUAGGGUUUUUGGGGUUCACAGUUCCAUACUCGUUCUCCGCCUUGAAAGCUAGGGUUUUGUACAGCUGAAGGAAUGGGUCAUUCGAACGUCUGGAACUCGCAUCCGAAGAGCUACGGCCCUGGGUCUCGUGCCUGCCGAGUUUGUGGAAACCCACAUGGGUUGAUCAGGAAGUACGGGCUUAUGUGUUGCAGGCAGUGCUUCCGUAGCAAUGCCAAGGAAAUUGGCUUCAUCAAGUAUCGUUAAGGAGGGAGAUUUUUAGGAGGGGGAUGCUUUGGCCCGCCACCCCUGGAGAUUAAAUAAGUUGAGACUCUAGUUAAGUUGUUAUUUCCUUCCAGUGUAAACUCUAAGUUAUCAUUUCAUUUUGGUAUGCUAUGAUAUUAUUUGCAAUUUAAUGGAAUUCUAAUUUUUGAUUUA